AUGUCAACUCUUGACUCCGACGGUCUCUCCGUCACGUAUACCUCGGAUCGUACCGGCGCCCCGGAUCUGCGGCUAAUCCACUACAAUGAUGUCUACCACGUUGAAUCUGGCUCUGCCGAACCUAUUGGCGGGGUCUCGCGCUUCCAAUCCCUCAUGAACUACUACCGCACCCAUCCACGGUUUGCCGACGAACCCAAUAUCCUGACCUUCUUCUCCGGCGAUGCCUUCAACCCCAGUCUCGAGAGUACCAUUACCAAGGGCCGCCAUAUGGUCCCGUUUCUGAACAAGGCCGGAACCGAUGUGGCAUGUGUGGGUAAUCAUGAUCUCGACUUCGGUGUCGCCCAAUUUCGCCACUUGUCGGGCCAAUGCCAUUUCCCGUGGCUAUUGGCCAACGUGCUCGAUCCAGCGCUUGGAGACGGCGUGCCAAUCGCUGAUUGUGGAAAGACCUGCAUGCUGACUUCGUCAAACGGGAUCAAGAUCGGUGUGAUUGGUCUUGGCGAGAGAGAAUGGCUCGGGACCAUCAACUCCCUUCCGCCUAACUUAAUCUACCAAUCGGCAAGCAAGACUGCACAGGAGCUGGCACCGCAACUCCGAAAGCAAGGAGCCGAGCUGAUCGUUGUCGUUUCGCAUCAGCGCGAGCCAAACGACUGCAAGCUCGCGAAUAACUUGUCUCCGGGAACGGUGGACAUCAUCCUCGGUGGUCAUGAUCACUAUUACGCCCAUUCCGUUGUCAAUGGAACUCAUGUUCUGCGAUCUGGGACCGAUUUCAAGCAACUGAGCUAUAUUGAAGCUUUUCGAAAACUAGGCGGAGCCCCAGGUUGGGACUUUAACAUAACGCGUCGCGAUGUUGUACGCUCCAUACCCGAGGAUCCAGACACGAUGGUCAUGGUUGGCCGACUCACCUCCAGCCUAGCAGCAAAACUUGAAAAGCCCGUAGGCUACACGGUCACCCCCCUCGACGGCCGUUUUACCACGGUCCGACAACGCGAAUCAAACUUGGGUAAUUUUGUCUGUGAUCUCAUGCGUUACUAUUACGCCGCCGACUGCGCCAUGAUGGCUGGUGGGACCAUCCGUGGUGACCAGAUCUAUCCCCCGGGGAUUUUGCGGUUAAAAGACCUAUUAAACUGCUUUCCCUUUGAAGACCCGGUGGUGCUGAUCCGAGUCCGGGGUCAGGCCUUACUGGAUGCUCUCGAGAAUGGCGUUAGCCAGCUUCCCGCAUUGGAGGGUCGCUUCACACAGGUAUCCAAUAUCUCCUUCGGAUUCAAGCUGGAUGCACCGUCAGGCUCACGUAUCACAUUUGCUCGGGUUGGUGGUGAAUCUAUUGAUUUAGAGCGACACUACGUCCUGGCUACCCGUGGGUACAUGGCCCGUGGGAAGGAUGGAUUUUCUUCUUUGCUAGUCCAAUCCGAAGGCGGCAAAGUUGAAGAGCUUGUGGACGAGGAGAAUGGAGUACUGAUCAGCACAAUCUUACGCCAGUACUUUAUGAGCUUGAAGGUUCUCGGGAAAUGGCAACGUUGGAGCGCCAGCCUCCAUCGGCACUGGGGUUCUGUACACCGCAAUCUGCACAAUGAGGGCUGGCUAAAGCCCCCAUCUGCCGCUGCAUCGCCGGUCUCUGAGAAGGCACCGGGCAAACGCUUGAACCCCCGUCCAGGUUUGCAACGGACGGGCCGGCAAGCUUACUAUUAUGGCCGCUUCUCUCAGGAGGUCGAACAGAUAUCCGCGGCCUCUGCCGCCAAUGGGACAAGCAGCGAUGACAUGGAUUCCGACUCGGAUGAGGACCCUGAAAUCCUCACCUCGCCUCGAUCGAUGACCAACUACGUCACUCUUCCUGCCCGGUCUUCGGCGGAGGAGGAACAUCGCUUACAGCUAGCGAGACGCGUUGUUCGCAAGUGGAUGCGACAUGCUGGCCUACAGUCCACCAACCUGAAUAUGAUGGACGGCGAAGGCGAGUUCACUCCUGCCUGGACCUCUGGCAUAUCUCCCCGACUUGAAGGUCGGAUCGUUGUGGAAUAA